GUUAAACGGCUAAGAGGAAUAUAAGUAGCUUUACGGAGUUGUAGAAUACGGGAAUUGAUAUAUCGUAAAAGCGUGAAGAACUUACAAAAUGUUCCAUGGAAAAUAGAACAAUAGAAUUGGAUUUAAACCUUUAAUAGUGUUCCUAUACGUAAAACUAAUUUCUAAACUAAUAUUAUUUUUUCCCGUUAGGGAGAAAGACAAAAUAGUUAUUCUGGUCCUUUUUUCUAUAAUUCGUACCGGAAAACUCGACCCGAACACCUCUGACGAAAUUUGGACUGGAAUAUCAGAAAUGUGCCGUCAAUUGCAGCUAAUCCAAGCCCACGUCAAACUCGAAGAGUCUGUACUAGCCGGAGAGUUUCAUUGUUUAGAAAAAUGAAAACUUAUCGCGGAUAGUUCUCUUGAAUGACAUUUGAAAACCUUUCUAGCGCGUUCUGUGCAAGUUUGUUAGAAUUUAUCUACGGCUGGGAUUAGCAGAUUUAGUCUGUUGACAGUCUUCAGAUUAAUCAAUCUGUUUUGUUUGGAUGCUGUAAGGACAGGUUUGGUCGUCUGACAACCGGAGACAGUCAACAAUUCCUGCAGUUGAGGCGUUGUUUAAUGAGAUAAAAUUUCUAACCGCUUUUCAUACACAGCAUUUAAAAAAAAAAUAAUUGUAUACUCAGAGUUUUGUAAGCUAGAUGCCUGUGGCGCCAAACGAUUAACCACUGAUGACUUAAUAUGGUAAAAAGUCCACGUAGCCGAGGCGCUUUAUUCGUGUGGACUAUUUGUGUUGCACUGUUGUGGAGUGCUCAGAUGGUAGACUCGAAACGAAAAGAAAACAAAUGUAUGAGACAUUAUUUCGUUCAUACUAUCGAACAUCCGAAAAAGAAUUGUGAGAAGAAGCAUGUUCUGCUGGUGCGGUGUAAGGGAUUCUGCAAUAAGUCAAAGACAGAGCCACGAGUGACCUUCAGCCCGGUUCUGUACCGCCCCUUUAACUACCACUGCAAGUGUUGCCGAGACUCCCUGUCCAUUAUGAAAGCUAUCCGACUGAAUUGUGAGGGCGGUCAGUCGGUGUUUGCUACAUACCGAUACAUCAUCAGGUGCAAAUGCAGAAACUGUAACUUCAGCAGGUGGUAGUCCAGUUAUCUGUGAUAUAAGCUUCGCUUUUGUCGUUAGAGAAGAGCGUGGACAAGAUAUUGUGACGUCACAAAAUGGUCCUUUGUGACGUCAAAGGUUGUGACAGGUGCUUUUACGGUGCCAUUUAUUGGAUGUUUCUUAAGUUUGUGAUGUAUUUAAAAAAGCAUGAAAGUUAGUACGGGUCAUAAAUGCAUUUUUCUGGACUUUUUGCAAAGUGAUGAAAACGUUGGGGGAAAAACCCAAAAUAUUGAAGGCGGACAGUACUUUGUUAUAAUGAAAGG